AAUGACUCAUGUUAAAUAGAGAUCUCCCUGUGCUUUUUAUGACACAGAUUGCAGCGUUUCUGUGUAUUUUGUGAAUUGUAUUUCGGAUGUAGGGAGGAAAGUGCCACAAAUGUGUUUGCACAGUUAAUGCUGAACACCAGAAAAGGAAUUAUAAAAGGAGUAUUCAGCUGGGCUUUUCUGCAUUUGUUUCUCAUCUGGUGUCUUAGCUCUUUGUCGUGUUGGCCAGUGUAUGAGAAAGUCGGAUCAUAAAGCCACCUAAAGCCUUGUGCUUUCAGGUUAUGCUAUGACUGGCUUCAGACUCCCCAUCAGCACUUUCAGAAAACUAAAUGUCUGGUUCGGACUGUGGGAGAAACUUCCCUCAAAUAAACUGUAUCCCACUUGGAGGAGAAGCUUAUUCUGUAGCUGUCAAGCAAGCACAGUAAACUACAGGAGAUGUUUCAGUUUUUCCCCAGUCAGACUCAGUGCACUAAGACUCUCUCCAGAGUAUAUCUCAGUAAUUUCUCUGCGGAACAAAAGCAGCAAAAGCUCUAAACGGAGCAGACAAAGCGUACAAGAAGAGGAGGAAGAAGAGGAUGAAGAUGAAAGUAAUUUGGAAGAUGAAUUUGAAAAUGACCCCAAUGUAGUAAAAGAUUACAAGGAUCUUGAAAAAGUAGUGCAGUCUCUUCGAUAUGAUGUGAUCUUGAAAGCUGGUCUAGACAUGGCAAGAAAUAAAGUAGAAGAUGCAUUCUACAAUAAUGAACUCAGGCUGAAUGGAGAAAAACUAUGGAAGAAAAGUAGAACUGUGAAACUUGGUGACACACUGGAUCUCAUAAUAGGUGAAGAUAAAGAAACAGGAACUGCUGUAGUUAUGCGGGUAGUCUUAAAAAAAUUAUCUGAUAAAACUGAAAGUGAAAAAUACAAAGUUAUUUUGAGGCGUUGGAAAAACUUAAAAGUGCCCAAACAGGAUGUACUGAAGUAACAAGGGGUUGCAUGUGGCAGCGUAAGAUUUUUGCAGAAAAACAUAUUUUUUGUUAAAUAUGAAUUUUGGUUGAACAAAAUUACAGUACCCUUUUUUAAGGGCUUGUGUCAGAAUGUUAUCUUGCUCUGCUGCGUACAUCAAUAAUCAUGCAAUAAGCCUGUCACUUUUUGCUGUUAGCUUUGUCUUGUGGUACUGUAAGUUAAAAGAUCCAACACUUACAUUUCCAGGAGGUUUCUUAUAAAUAAUGAAUCAAUAAAGACUGAUUUGAUCACUA